AUUUUUAGUAAACAAUCAAACAAAAUCAAAGACAAUAUAUGAAAAUGGAAGAUAUAGAAGAAUUUUUGAGAAAAAACAGUAAUGAUUAUGAAAAGUUAGAGAUUUCAAUUAUAAAUAAUUCGUUUGACAUAUCAGAGGAUGAUGAAGUAUAUUUUUUUCAAUGUCCGAAAGAUUUUGAUAUAACGACUUUGAAAAAUACUAGAAUAAAAGUUCCUGGAAAAACAAUUUUAAAUUCAUCGGAAUUAAUUACAGAAAAUUGUUCACCAAUCAAAUCAACAUUUGUAAUUCCAGAUCAGCAGAGCAAUUUAAAGUUGAAAUGUAUUAAUAUCCAAGGAAAAAUGGUGCUAAGAAAGCGAAUAGAAAUAAAAAAAAGUGAAGAAGAUAUUGGUGGACGCAAACAAAAAUUUCGGGUUCCUUUUCCUCAAGAUAUUAAAGAAAGGCAUCCAUUGCAUGGAGUGUGCUAUAAAGAAAAGAUCAAUUUAGCAAAACACAUUAAAGAUCGUCUGAAAGAGGCUGAAAAAUCGAGAGUUUAUGAUAAAUCGGAUAUGAAAAUUACGCCUAGUGCUAAGAAAAAAAAACAAAAAAGUGAAGUAAAUGAAUCUAAUUUUGAAAAGAACGAAGAUGUGCACAAAAAAAUUAAAAUUGAAUUUGACGAUAAUGAUGAAUCAUUAAAUUGGUUAAGAAAUAUUUAACUUCGAAUGUAAAUUAAUAAGAAGUUAUAUACUUAAAUACACACAUACAUAAAUGCUUUUUAUUUUUUUUAACUCGAAAAGUUUGUUUUUCUAUUAAAGAUUUUGUAAAAAUGAAAUAUGUUCAUGCACAUAAGAUAGCUAGGACGCCCACUAGUAACAGUGAGACCAUUGGUGCGAAUACUGCAAGAAUAGAAAAUUUUAUUUAACUUCUUGAUUUCUG